ACAGGUGAUCUGCAUUCUGAUUGGCUGCUGGCUGGUUAUGGAGCAUCCUUAUAUCAAAAAGAUUUCCAUCGCUCAGGGUUGGAUGGUUUGUGGGAGCUAAUGCAUGGGGGACAGCGAUACGUGUGCAGUCGGUGUGAAGCUGUGAUUGAGGCUGCUGUGGGGUGUGCAGUUUCUCACAUUCUGUAGAGGACACACAUACACACACAGAGAAACACUCAAGAGUGUGUGUUAGGCAGACAGCUGAGGGAUUCACUCGUUCGCUGGAGUUGCGCUCACAGAAGAUGGAUCUCUUGAGGACUUGCUUGCGUUGGGUCUGUGUGCUGGUCAUUGGACUUCUGGGACUUGUGGAGGAGAACUUGGCUAAUGUUCUGGACACCAUGCUGCUGAGGAAUUCUGGGAAGGUGGAAGAACGUCGGGAGACAGGAAGUGAUGCGCCGGCUCUACCUCAGCGCUUCCUGUGGUGUUACUGUUACCAUCACUGUCCGGAGGACUCCACUAAUAACACAUGCAGGACGGAUGGUUACUGCUUCACCAUGGUGGAGGAAGAGGGUGGAGCGGCUGUGGUGACGUCAGGCUGUCUGGGUCUGGUCGGAUCGGAGUUUCAGUGCCGAGUGAGUUACGUGGUGGGAGACAUUCAUCAUAUUGCUCUGCUCAUCUCAGUGACCGUCUGUAGCUUCAUCCUCACUUUCAUCAUCAUCUUCUGUUACUUCAGGUAUAAGCGUCACGAGUUAGUCCCACGCUACAACCUCGGCUUGCAUCCGGAUGAGACGUUAAUUCCUCCGGGAGAAUCCCUGCGGGAUCUCAUAGAGCAGUCCCAGAGCUCCGGCUCAGGGUCAGGACUCCCCCUGCUGGUGCAGCGCACUAUAGCCAAGCAGAUCCAGAUGGUGACACAGAUCGGGAAGGGCCGUUAUGGAGAGGUGUGGAUGGGGAGAUGGAGGGGAGAGAAAGUAGCUGUGAAAGUCUUUUUCACCACAGAGGAGGCCAGCUGGUUCAGAGAGACAGAGAUAUAUCAGACUGUGCUCAUGAGACAUGAGAAUAUACUGGGGUUCAUAGCGGCCGAUAUUAAAGGCACAGGCUCAUGGACUCAGCUCUACCUCAUCACCGACUACCACGAGAACGGCUCUCUGUACGACUAUCUCAAAUGCACCACACUGGACAGCCGGGCCAUGCUGAGACUGGCGUACUCGUCCGUCUCCGGCCUCUGCCACCUUCACACGGAAAUCUUUGGCACGCAGGGCAAACCGGCCAUCUCUCACAGAGACCUGAAGAGCAAGAACAUCCUGGUGAAGAGGAACGGCGCCUGCUGCAUCGCUGACCUCGGCCUGGCCGUCAAGUUCAUCAGCGACACUAAUGAAGUGGACAUCCCGCUGAACACACGCGUGGGCACCAAACGCUUCAUGGCUCCUGAAGUUCUGGACGAGACUCUGAACAGGAACCAUUUUCAGUCCUACAUCAUGGCCGACAUGUACAGCUUCGGUCUCAUUCUGUGGGAGAUCGGCCGCCGGUGUGUGUCUGGAGGUAUCGUAGAGGACUAUCAUCUGCCGUAUCAUGAUCACGUUCCUAAUGACCCGUCAUAUGAAGACAUGCGAGAGGUGGUCUGUAUUAAGAGAAUACGGCCGUCUUUCCCCAACCGCUGGAGCAGUGAUGAGUGUUUGAGGCAGUUGGGGAAGCUCAUGACGGAGUGUUGGGCUCAUAAUCCGGCCUCUCGUCUCACCGCCCUGCGGGUUAAAAAGACACUGGCCAAGAUGUCAGAGUCCCAGGACAUUAAAGUCUGAUGAAAGACCAACAGCACUGACACUCACUGCCUGACGUGGGUUCAAACGGAGACGAACCUCCCAGAGAUCUCGUGUGGUCAGAGCUGAUGGUGGCACGUCUACGCUGUAUGAGGACCAGUGGGACGAAGCAGGACCUCAGCGAGCGAGAUCACAUGUCUGCCGUCCACGACUCGUAUGUCUUUUCACAGUCUGUUCAGCUCAUACAUGACAAUGGUUUUGGAUCAUAUCAGAUUUGUGUUGUCAGUCACUCAACAACUUUCAACAAGUUUCCCGCCUUUUUUGGUGGGCUGUGCCUUAUUUAUUUUGUAAAUAGAUGAAAAUGAGAGUGAAGCGUCAAUGUACUUGAAUAAAUGUUCUAAUGAGAAUGAAUGUU